CCUAAGGAGGAAGGGAGGGGACAGGGUGGGGUGAAGGCCCGGAAAAGCCGACGGGGCGUACCUGCGCGCCCACCCGCGACCUCUAACCCCGUGGCCUCAGCCCUGACCCCUUCCGACCUGACUACAUCUUUUUUAAACCUCAACCCCUGCUGGCCUUGGCCUCAGGACCUUCCAUCCGAGCCCUGACCUAACCAUAUUCUGGCCUGGUAUGCCUCAACCCCUGUUUUGUCCCCCUAAAUCCAGUCCUGACCCCAAACCCCAUCCAGUUCUGUCCUGGGGAUCUUUGACCUGACCCUGAUCCUUGCCCGACCCCGUCUCAUCUCUGAAACAUCUUGCCCUAUCCUAAUGCCCAACAGUGACCCCAGUUUCUGUCCUGACGCUUGACCUAUCUGUUCCCUAAACUUAUCCAGUCUCCAAACCUCUUCCAGUCAUGUCCUGCCCCCCUAACCCCAAUCUGGUGUAGUUCUGUCCUGAUUCCUGCCCCCUAACUUUUGUCCUUUCUCUGCACCCUAUAUGAUAUCCUCUCCUAUAUACUCGUGAUCUGCAUCCUGGCUCACCACCUUUAAAUACCCUCGUCUCCUGCCUUGUCCCUGCCCCUGACUCUGCCCCGUUUUUCCCUCUUCUUGUCCCAUCACCAUACUCAUUCCUAUCCUCAUUGUAUCCUGGUCUUUUCCUGUUCCUGACCUCCAUCCUGAACCUGCCCUUUUCCCUGUCCCCUCCUUUGACCACUGGCUUAGCCUUUCCUAGUCAUGUCUUCUGACUGCUGUUAUAUGUUAAUCCUGUCCCCUGCCCCGCUGUUUUGUCUCUUUCUUGUACUUUUUCUCUGACCCUUGUCCUGAACCCCACCUUAUCCCAUCCCCUGGCGAGUGUCCUGGCUCAUUCCCCAUCCUGCCUCUUGACCUCCAUCCUACAAUAACUCUGGUUCUAUCUUGUCCCCUACGCUCCUUCCUGUUCUGUCCCUUCCCAUCCCAGCCCCAGGGUGUUCUCCCCCUUACCAUGCCCCUCCACCCUGUUCAGAUCUUCUUCCUUCCUAAUAUCCACUUGCCAUCCCUUGUGAGCCCAGGACAGGGGUCCCAUUAUACUGUGCCCGGAACUUGAAGAUUCUGCUGUUCCCAGGACCUCUGAAGUACAUCCCAAAUGCUUCUCUUAGCAAGAGCAAGCAGCCCUAUGCGCCCUGUGUGGCUGAUGGGGGUUUUUGUGUGUGAUCUCCCCUAUCCCCACCCUAGUGAUCUUACAUAGAGCUUACAUUUCUCUUCCUGCCCCAGGAGGGCAUGCAACUGUUCCUACGCCCCUGCCCUCCGCAAGUGUGAAAGAAUACCCUAAAUUAUUCAGUGACUGGGAGUCUGAGAGGUCUGGGUCAUGUUUCCAGUCUUGCUGUGUUGGGGACUGCCUCAUGUUGGGGGGAAGAGUUGAGAAAAUAUGAAGAGAUGGGGAACCCAGGGGUAUGUAUGAAUCUUCUAGGCCAUGUUACCCCUAUUCCCUGGACUUGAUUCCGGGUGCAUGAUCCCUGCUUUCCUGGCCUGAAAAAGUAGAAGUCUAUUCUAGGCCAAGGCUUCGGGACUUGGUAUAGAGGAGGGAUGGGGUCAAGGAUUCACCCUCCUUCUCUCAGCAGUAAGCAAUAAAAAUCUUGGUGCUAAGUCCACCCCACCUCUGUGGGGCUUGUCUGUGGGGGAGAAGGCCAGGCAGUCACUGGAUGUAAGAAUCAAGCCUGUCCAGUGGUAACAGUAACAACAGUAAUGCAGGGUUCCCCUCAUUGUCUGAAUCUCCUUGAUUCUGAGGAUGAUGGGGAGAACUUGGAUAGCUAGAGGGUAAUGUGUUACUCAAUUAGGUUUCGUUCCUGCAUUUCUCAUAGAGACUAGUGAGUUUGAAUAACAAGAUGCCAGACCUAUCUUAUUUAUCCUGAACAUCUAUCCAAACCUAUUGAUAACAAAACAAGCAUUCCUCACUGUCCCAAUCUAUUUGGUACCCGAAUUCUGAGAGGGAGAGUGCCCGAAGUUCAGACAGUGAAACCUACCAAGUUAUCUGAAGGUAUUUUGUUUUCACAUCUUACGUAGUGAGUAGAGAAAAUUGAGAUAAUGAAGAAUAAUGACUAACCAAAAAAUGUACCCAAAUCUAUGAACUUUCCUGAGCUCCAGGGACAAGAGUUGGGAUAGUGAGGGUACCCUGUUAUGUAAAUGGUUCCUGCAUUUUGCUUGGAGGGUAAGGAAAGUUCAAGAAUGAGGGAUACCAGUCGUUUCUCAAAAAUGUUUCUAAAUCCAUUCAGUUCUUGCAUUUGGAUGGUGAGAGUUCAGACGAUUUCUCUGAGUGUAUUUGGUUCCUGCAUUUUUGAUGUUGAGAAAGGAGAGGUUGGAUCAUGAGGGAAACAGCUCUGUUUCAAAUAUGUCUCAUUUGGUGAGCAGGGAGGGUACCGUGUCUAGAUAGCAAGUAGGAUUUGGAAGCUGAGGGAUACCAGUUCUGUCUCAAAAAUGCAUCUGAGGCCGGGCGCGGUGGCUCACGCCUGUCAUCCCAGCACUUUGGGAGGCCGAGGCGGGUGGAUCACCAGGUCAGGAGUUCAAGCCCACCCUGGCCAAGAUGGUGAAACCCCGUCUCUACUAAAAAUACAAAAAUUAGCCGGGCAUGGUAGCACGCGCCUGUAAUCCCAGCUACUCAGGAGGCUGAAGCAGGGAACUGCUUGAACCCGGGAUUGCAGUGAGCCGAGAUCAUGCCACUGCACUCCAGCCUGGGUGACAGGGUGAGACUCCGUCUCAAAAAAAAAAAAAAUUGCGUCUGAAUACAUUUAGUCUUUGAUUUUGGAUAGCAAGAGUUCAGACAAGUUAUCUGAGGAAAAACAACUGUUUCAAAUGUAUCAAGUGAGACUGAAGGACACCAGCUCUGUCUGGAAAAAAUGUACCUGAAUGUAUCUACUUGAUUCCUGACUUCCUGUGGGGAAGAAUACUUGUAACUGUGACAGCCAACAUACACUGAGCUCUUACCAGGCACUGUUCUGCACAAGCUUUAAAUGUAUUAACUGAUUUAAUGCUCACAAUAGCCCUGUGAGGUACAUACUGUUAUCAUCAUCCCUAAUUGACAGGCACAGAGAGGUUAAGUGACUUGUUCAAGCAGUCACACAGCUAGUAAGUGGCAGAGCUGGGUUGAAUCCCAGACUCACCAUUUACUAGUGGUAGCAGGGUCAUGUGAGGCCCAGGGCCUAGCUGGGGUAGGGCUUAGAGGUUGGGUCAUCUUCGAGGCUGUUAAAAGUCAUGGACCAGGGCAAUGAUGUGUGUUAGUGACUCUGCCCCAUUUGUCUGCCUGGCCCAGGAGGUCCAGUUACCUGGUCUCCCCCAGUUACCCCUACAACAGCCCACCUCUGUGUGAGUGUAUUAAUUGUUGUUAGUAAGAGUCAUUAAUGACAUGAUGUGUUUCCUUGCACUUUGAAAUGCCUUUCAGAGUUACUUGUGGCCUCCAUUGUCUCUGUAACCACCUUUUACCCAUUUUACAGAUAAGGAGACCUAAGCUUUGAGACUCAAUCUACAUUGCCAGCCAGAUUCUCAUCCCUCUUGGCUCUGAUUUUAUUACUCUCCCGCUUCCCAACAUCUUUGGUGGCCCAUAAAAGGUGGGAGAGGCUGUGGCCGAGAGGACACUCCCCACAGACACCCGAUGCCCACCUUACCACUCACUGCGCACCUCUACCAGCCCCAGGCAGUGAAGCGGGGAGGGCGAUGAAAGGGGCCUUUGUGUUCCAUGCUGGAAAUCUCACACCCAGGAAGAAAGGAGUAGCCUCUAUCUGCCUCCCAGCCAGGACCCAGCCCCCGGAAAUUCUGAUUUCACCUUCUCUUCUGCCACUGUGAUCUGAAUCGGGCCUCUUCACCUUUCCAGGCCUCAGCUUCUGCAUCUAUAAAAUGGCUGUGAGGAGGCUGGGUCUGUGCCAUCCUGCUACAUUUGUAGGAACCAAGAGGGAUCAAAACCCAUAAGUGUUUUGUAGGGCGUAAGUUGUUCUUGAUUUAUUGAGAUUAUUUCUUCUGGAGCCACAGAAGGAUCUUGAGACCUGGCCUCUCCUUAGAAAGGUUGACUUCCUCUGUCCCCAACUUGGGAAACUGUUCCCUAGUGAGGGUGGGAAUUGCCCCAAGGCCUUCUACCACUGCCUUGCCCUGGGAGGAAAGGGUAGGGGCCUCAGAAUGUGAUGCUUACUGCCAAGAGACAAAAACCCAGUUUACACCCGAAGCCUCCCAUGUACUUUACAGCUCCCCACACCUCUAUGGCCCAGAUCCAAGGUGCUCCUUGGGUGGGCAGCGUCUAAUCCUCUGGGAAUUUGGGCAGUAGGAGAGGCAGCUACUACUCCCACCACUCUCAGCCCUUCUUCCCAGUUUUCUGCUAAGUGUACUGGGUGAGGAGGCACAUGCCUCCAUGCCUGGACAGUUUUAAAAAAAAUUUUUGUAGAAAUGGGGGUCUCACUAUGUUGCACAGUCUGGUCUUGAACUCUUGGCUUCAAGCGAUCCUCCCACCUCGACCUCCCAAAGUGCUGAGAUUACAGGCACCAGCUACCCUGCCUGGCCCAGGCUGUCUUCUUAGACAUGCUGGGCACCCUGAGUGGACCUGGCCCUGAAACUGCCCCCAGGGGUGACCCUAGUCCUGGUGGCAGACAGGCAAGGGUUAAAAGGUGUGGGCCGGCCCAGUUCCUGGCAGGUAGGCUGGGCCAUUACCUAGUGGGAGGUGGCCAAGGCAUCUGCCACUGCUGCUCAUUGCCACUACCAGCCGGAGCCAGGGCCUGGUCCCAGGGCCUGGUCGAGACAACUAUUUUUGAGGUAUCUGAGGCUACCCCACAGCACUCUCUGGCAUUGGCAAGACUCGUGGCUGUGACCCAUGGGCCUCUGAGGAGGCGUUGUAAGUCCGCCCAGCUCCCCACUUGCUGUGCUCUCACUCAAUGCGAAGGGAACCAAGGUACCAGGGCCAAGUGGGUCCAGACAUCCACACGGAUUCUGAAAGGGCAGGUCAAGCAGGCACGUGGGGCCCAGGUUACCCCUUAUUCCCCGCUGUGGCAUGGGAAGCUGGGAAGGGCUGGGGGUUGGGGUAUCAUGGGAUGUGCUUCCUUAACGGCUCCUGUGUGUCACUGCCAGACUUUGUCCAGCCAUCAGCCACGGCCUCUUGACAGCAACAAGAUGGAAGUCAAAGGUCAGCUGAUCAGCUCUCCUACCUUCAAUGCCCCAGCUGCCCUGUUCGGAGAGGCUGCCCCCCAGGUGAAGUCAGAGCGUCUGCGGGGGCUGCUUGACCGGCAGCGGACCCUGCAGGAGGCCCUGAGCCUGAAACUUCAGGAGCUCCGCAAAGUGUGUCUCCAGGAGGCGGAGCUGACUGGCCAGCUGCCCCCUGAGUGCCCACUAGAGCCUGGUGAACGGCCCCAGUUGGUCCGCCGGCGGCCCCCCACAGCCCGCGCCUACCCUCCACCGCACCCCAACCAAGCACACCACUCCUUGUGCCCUGCUGAGGAGCUGGCUCUUGAGGCCCUGGAGCGCGAGGUGUCAGUGCAGCAGCAGAUCGCGGCGGCCGCCCGCCGCCUGGCCCUGGCCCCUGAUCUGAGCACCGAGCAGCGCCGGCGCCGGCGCCAGGUCCAGGCAGACGCACUGAGGAGGCUGCACGAGCUAGAGGAGCAGCUCGGGGAUGUCCGGGCCCGCCUUGGCCUCCCAGUGCUCCCGCUGCCCCAGCCACUGCCACUGUCCACGGGGUCAGUGAUCACUGCCCAGGGAGUCUGCCUGGGCAUGCGCCUUGCUCAGCUCAGCCAAGAGGACGUAGUUCUGCACUCAGAGAGCAGCUCCCUCUCAGAGUCUGGGGCCAGCCAUGACAACGAGGAGCCCCAUGGCUGCUUCUCUCUGGCCGAGCGCCCCUCACCACCCAAGGCUUGGGACCAGCUGCGGGCAGUAUCUGGGGGGAGCCCUGAGCGGCGAACCCCAUGGAAACCACCUCCAUCAGAUCUUUAUGGGGAUCUGAAGAGCCGGCGGAACUCUGUGGCCAGCCCCACCAGCCCCACACGCUCGCUGCCCAGGAGUGCCUCCAGUUUUGAGGGGCGAAGUGUGCCUGCCACCCCUGUCCUCACCCGGGGCGCUGGCCCCCAGCUCUGCAAACCUGAAGGCCUUCAUUCUCGUCAGUGGUCCGGCAGUCAGGACUCCCAGAUGGGCUUCCCCCGGGCGGACCCUGCCUCCGAUCGCGCCUCCCUCUUCGUAGCUCGCACCCGCCGCAGCAACAGUUCUGAGGCCCUGCUGGUGGACCGGGCCGCUGGUGGGGGAGCUGGCUCCCCGCCCGCCCCUCUGGCUCCCUCUGCCUCUGGCCCCCCAGUCUGCAAGAGCAGUGAGGUGCUGUAUGAGCGCCCCCAACCAACCCCUGCCUUCUCCUCCCGCACAGCAGGCCCCCCAGACCCUCCCCGGGCCGCCCGGCCUAGCUCAGCUGCCCCUGCCUCCCGAGGUGCCCCCCGGCUCCCACCUGUGUGUGGGGACUUCCUCUUGGACUAUUCCUUGGACCGGGGCCUGCCCCGCAGUGGCGGUGGAGCAGGCUGGGGGGAGCUGCUGCCUGCAGCUGAGGUCCCAGGACCCCUCUCCCGCCGGGAUGGGCUCCUCACCAUGCUCCCCGGCCCACCACCUGUGUAUGCAGCUGACAGCAACAGCCCCCUCCUCCGCACCAAGGACCCCCACACCCGUGCCACCCGCACUAAGCCCUGUGGCCUGCCCCCAGAGGCUGCCGAGGGCCCUGAGGUGCAUCCAAACUCUCUGCUGUGGAUGCCCCCCCCCACCCGUAUCCCCUCGGCUGGUGAACGCAGUGGCCACAAGAACCUGGCUCUGGAGGGGCUGCGGGACUGGUACAUCCGGAACUCGGGACUGGCUGCGGGGCCCCAGCGCCGGCCUGUGCUCCCUUCUGUGGGCCCGCCACACCAACCCUUCCUUCAUGCCCGCUGCUAUGAGGUGGGCCAGGCGCUGUAUGGGGCCCCCAGCCAGGCGCCACUCCCACACUCGAGGAGUUUCACGGCGCCCCCUGUCUCUGGCAGAUACUACGCGGACUUCCUGUAUCCCCCGGAGCUGAGCGCUCGUUUAAGUGACCUGACGCUAGAGGGGGAGCAGUCCUCCAGUUCUGACACCCAGACCCCGGGGACACUGGUCUGACCCCUUCUGAUAUGUCCCUUGUUGGCCUGGGCACGAUUCCAAUCUGGGGAGCACACAGCUGACCUCGCUGGGCCCUGCGGUGUGGUUGCUCUCAGUCCUGAGCGGAGUGCGCCAACCUAAUCUUCCAAGGCCCCUGGCUCCCCGUAGGCCCAGGAAGGUGUCUGACACCCUGCUUCUUGUCUCACACUGUGCUGGGGACUGGGGGCCCUCAGCCAGCUUAAAAGAGGGGGGAUGAUGUCAUGGGGACCCCAAGCCCCUUCCUCUAUUUAUGUUUACAGUUGUGACUUAGGUAUUCACUGUCUUCCUCCAACACUAGGCGUUUUAUAAAAGGGAAACUGUGAUCUCAUCUGGUUGGGUUCAUUCCUGUUCCCAUGCCCAACCAGGUUCCAUUCAGGAACCCCCUCCAUAAAAUGGACCAUAUCGGGUCUCAGGGCCAUUUAGGGCCGCCAGGAGACUCUGGUGUGAACAGAAAUCCCUGCCACGCAUCGCCAGGGCAGUUGUUGGGGCAGUGGGCUCUCUGCCCACACUUGGAAGGACUGCAGUCUGGGUGGGAUGCCUGAAGGAGCCCAACCCCGUCUGUGCCCAUGGCCUCUGCCCUGACCACCCCCAGUCAGGAGGCCCCACAGGAGGGGUAAAGGGAAGAGCCAUCAGGUGUGCUGUGUCCUGGGAUCCUGUGGGGGUUGAACUUGGCAUCUACCAGAUCUGGCACCCAGUAGAUGCCAGUGAAAUCCUCAGGUGAGGUCUGGCUACAGGCCACGGGCCACGGGCCACUCACACCUUCCUUGGCUUUCCUUCCACCCCUCACCCUUUUUUUUUUUUUUUUUCUGGAGACGGGGUCUUGCUCUGUCGCCAGGCUGGAGUGCAGUGGCGCAAUCUCAGCUCACUGCAACCUCCGCCUCCUGGGUUCUCCUGCCUCACCCUCCCGAGUAGCUGGGAUUACAGGCACAUGGCACCAUGCCCAGCUAAUUUUUGUAUUCUUAGUAGAGACAAGGUUUCACCAUAUUGGCCAGGCUGGUCUUGAACUCUUGACCUCGUGAUCUGCCCGCCUUGGCCUCCCAAAGUGCUGGGAUUACAGCCGUGAGCCACUGCACCCAACCCCAAUCCACCACUUUUUAAGCAAACCCACACAAGUUGUGUUUUCUAUGAUACCUGUCUGUGAUUUUCGGAGCUGGGGGUUCCCUUACCCCCUUUUCCUGGUGUUAAACUUUUCUUUUUAUACCAGUGGAUCUGGACCCAAGACAUUACCCACAUUGGAAGGGGAUUUGUAUAAUAAAUGUGUAAACUGAA